GUUUUGCAGAAGAAUUAUUUUACAAGUUUUCGCUGUUUUUAUUUUAAAAUUUUGUAUAGAUUGAAUUAAAGCUGGAGAUUCAAAUGAAUAAUAUGGCAGGCCAUACGGCUGGCGACCCACUUGAAUGCUACAGUAUUCCCAUUGUGUUAGAGAAAGAUGCAGACAUAGAUAAUCAAGGUAAUCCUGUUUUAGAACAAGAUGGUAAACAGAGGUACAGAUGUGGAUUUCGAAUUGGUGGUGGCAUUGAUCAAGAUCCUUCACAAAGUCCACAAGGAUAUCCAGAUAAGGGAAUUUAUGUUACAUAUAUUCAUGAAAAUAGUGCUGCUUCCAGAUGUGGUCUUCAAAUACAUGAUAAGAUUUUACAGGUAAAUGGUAAAGACUUGACAGUAGCUACCCAUAAACAAGCUGUAGAAUAUAUAAGACGUAAACCUGUGUUAAAGAUGUUAGUAUAUAGAAAAGGAGUUCCCCAAUUACAUAAACCAGUGAAUCCAGGAACUCAAUUUCAAUCAUAUAAUCAGUAUUCACAACCUCAAUAUCAACAACAAUAUUAAUAUAGUUAAAGGUCUGACAUAUCAUGGAGCAAAUUCAUGUAUAUUUGGGCAUUCGUGUCAUUUUGAAAAAAAAAAUAGCCAAAACUGUAGUUUAAAGGCUGUUCUGUCUGGCCUUGAGAUAUAAUCCUCAACAUUGCUUGCAUUAGUGUAAGGCUUUAGAAAAUUUCCUGUUGGUUCAAUCUCAUAUCAUCAUAUGCCUAUGUUCAGUCCAGUAUCUCUGUUAACAUAUGAGAUUUUAAAAGUAAGACUGUAUG